AUGAAGGCAUGCCCGGCCGGUCUGUCCCUGUGCGAACAUCACUCCGGGAAUAGGAAGACCAAAAAGUUCACAUCGGAAGACUUUUGGAGAGGCAGCUUUGAGGGAUCGAACGCUUCGGACAAUGCUCCGUUUGGGCAACGUCCUGUGUCCUCUGGGACAGGCAUCGAGCUCUCUGCGCCGACCGUGGACCCAGUCUCUACAACUACGCAUACACGUGAUGAGGGCAUAGUGAACGACGCAGCACGCACCUCAGCUCUUCCCGAUGCGGACCCCAUCCCACACGGAGUCCAUACUCCAACUCAUACCGGCGCACCAUGUGGCAGUCAUAUCGAUGCGGAUACGAGCAACACAGCUCCGCAUCAGCCACGAGUACACAUUGCCGUACAGGAGCGCUCUGAAGACCAUCUCAAUUUCGAUUUCGACGGGGCACUAUAUGGCAAGUCGGGUGAGGUUUACGCCUUCAAACUGCGUGGACCUGAAUGCCGAGAGAAGGACCCCAACCACAGUCAUGCCCUAUUCAGAGGACCCCUUGAGCAAAAGGGAGUUGAUAAUCUGGCAAAGGAGCUCAAACGCGCUCUACAAUCAAUCAGGCAGAUGUGGCGGGGGAAGGCGUACCAACCUUCGAAAUGGACAGACGCAGAACUCCUUGCGGCUUUCGCAGUCCGAGUUGACAACGAUGAAGCCCUCAACUGUUCUCCAUCAGAAUCUAUCGUAGCCGUCACCAUCAUCUACCGACUCACCAUUCGUCACGGUAAAGACACUACCCCACCCAACGUUCCAAUGGCCGGCAAAAGGGGCAAGAAGGCAGCUGCCGACCACAAAUUCAACGCCAACGCCGGCGAGUUCACCCCGUCCGGGUCGCUAGGCGUGGGUUCAGCUGCAGGGUCACGAGCUUCCUCAGCCAGCCGGGGCCCCUCGCCCAACCCCAACGCGAGGGAGUUCGUACCGUCGAACAGCCAGUCCCUCGGCGUGGGUUCAGCUGCAGGAUCACGAGAUUCCUCUCGGGGCCCCUCGCCCAACCCGGGUCUCGGAAACUCCCGAUGGGCUGCCGCUGAACCCGAAGCAGAGAAGAGUACCGCUGAGAAGACCACCGCUGAGAAGGACACCGCUGAGAAGGACACCGCUGAGAAGGACACCGCUGAGAAGGACACCGCUGAGAAGGACACCGCUGAGAAGGAGAAAGCUGAGAAGGAUAAAGCUGAGAAGGAUAAAGCUGAAAAGGUUGCCGUUAAGAAGGCUAAGAAAGCUGCAGCUAAGAAAGCCGACGCUGCGAAGAAGACCGAGGAGGCAACAGCCGCUCCGAAGCCUAGCAGCAAGCCCCAAGAGCAGCAAGUCGACGAGACCACCGAGAAGCCUGCCGUCCAUGAUGACCAGGUCCCUGUAGGCGACGAGGCCGAGAAGCCAACCUCGACCAAAAACCUGGGCGCCGCUUCCCGACGAGCCUCGGACCAAGCGCUGGAGGCCUAUCUGGAGAGCGUGAUUGAGGAGAUACCUACUGUGCAGAAACCCCCCGCUCCAGCCCCGGCUCCAACUCCGGUCUCAUCUCCAGCCCCGGCCCCAGCUCCAGCUCCAGCUCGAGCCCCGGCCCGGGCUCCCUCCUCAGCCCCAGCGCCCGCUCCCGCUCCCGCCUCCAGCUUCACAACCCCCACAUUCCCCGAAUCCCCCUUCACCAGCACCGCCAAAGAAGUCACCUCCGAAGUGCUCCAGCACCUGGUGAUGGGCAUGCUCUUCGCGUCGGUCCUGGCCGCCAUCCUGGCGCUGACGUCGCGGCUCGGCAGCCAGCAGACCCCCAAGGACGCCGCCCUGGGCUGCCACCCACAUCUGCUGCUCGUGCCGGCGACGGUGCGGUCGGCUACUUCGACGUACUUUGAGGGGCUGGUGGGGUUCGCGACGGGGCGGAAGGACGGGGAGGGCUGUGGUGCUGGGUGUGCUCAUGGGAAUGGGACCGGUAUUCUUUAG